AUGCCUGGAGUGGCCGGAAAGCUGACGGGGCUGCUCAUGACCGACCUGGUUGGCCCUCCGCAGGCGUACGCAGUGGUCAAGGCUGGCAAUCCGCCGACCAAGCACAAGACGGCGACGGUCAAGGCCGGGAGCGCAGAUCGGCCGGGCGCAGACACCAUGUGGCGGUGGAAGGAGGAGUUCACCAUCGAGUCAAACGCCUUUGAGGAUCUGGUUGUCGAGCUGUGGGACAAGGACACCGCGUCUGCUGACGAUCCGCUCGGCAACGUCCAUCUUCCGGUCUUUGCCGGCAUGGAGACCACCACGCGAUGGUACCCGGUUGUUCCGCCCAAUCCUGGCGCCUGCCACGACGCCGGCGAGAUCUGCCUCCGCAUCCACUUUGUGCCGGAUGUCCCGCCGCCGUCCCAGCCUCAGAUGCCGGCUCCCGGCCCACCGCCGCCGUUUACUCCGUCCCCGGCCCCGGCCCCGGCCCCGGCCCCGGCCCCGGCCCCGGCCCCGGCCCCGGCCCCGGGACCUGCGCCACCGUCGGCUUACCCAGAGCUUCCACCAAUGACAAUCCCCACACCUGCGCCGCCGCAUGGCCCGCCGCCGCACGGCCCGCCGCCGGCGGCCGGCCCAAUGCCGCCGCCGCCGACUUACGGCCACGGCCCACCACCGCCCAACUACGGUCACCCUGGCCACGGGCGCCAGCCGAUCCAUGGCGGCGGGCCAAUGUACGGCGGGCCGAUCUACAGCGGCCCGGGUGGUCAGUACGCUCCUGGCCAUCCGCAGGGCGAUGUCCGACGCCACGUUGCGCGCAUGCAGCGGUACAUGCGCAUGGCGAACCAGUACGGACCGGCCCUUGGUGCUCCGCGUCCGAUUGUCACCAAGUCCAAGUCCAAGUCCAAGUCCAAGUCCAAGUCCAAGUCCGUCGGAGCUGACCUGCAGCAGUGCACGUCCGCUGACCGCCCCCGUUUGCUCUGAUGCCGCCACGCGCUCAAACCCACACCACACCGCACCACAUAGAUUUUGAAGAGAUAUUAAAGAGUGUGCAUGUG